AUGGCAGCCGAUAGUUAUGUGCGAGACUUCCCAAGGCAUUUGUUAAGCAAAGCCACAAGAGAUGCAGACAACCUUGCUCGCUUGCAAUUCUUCAAGGAUGCUGGCCUAAAGGUUCAGAGUGUGUGCAGUGGCAUUGACGCAGUUGGCGAGGCUUUGAGACUGCUUCAGUUGGCCAUGCAAGAAAGUGCGGCAGAAGGCAGCCAUGACGGCGACUGGUGGGUCGUAAAAAGCUCCUGGUGUGACAGUGGUGCAGCCCAGCAGGCAUUUUUGCUUGCUCGUGCAGAGCAAAUGGAUGGUCACCUACGACCAUGUCUUUUCGAAUCUGUGGAAGCGAUGGUGCCCGGGAGUGUGCAGGAAGAGUUGGGGAUGCUGACACCACCUGCUUGUGCCAGUCGUGAUGAGAAGACAGCAGCAGCAACUUGGUACCACCAGCUCGGCCUCUCGUUGACAGAGAAAGGUUCACUGGCAUUUCCAGCGGGGCAUCAAGCAUUUUGUUUGGUGCACAAGCAGCAGUGUCACGUUAGGCAGUCCAGGUGCAUGCCAGCCGGCGUGCUGAAGACGAACCCCGUGCUCAUGAACUGUGCAGGACUGCCCUGCGUUGCAUACAGCAAAGUAGGGCUGCGGCGCCAAGCCGCGGAUCCUUCGGAGAUGGCCGUCCAGGUGUAUCUCAGUGAGCGACAGCAGUGUCUGGAAGAUUUCUUCCUUUUCGAGAAUGUGACUUUGUUCCCCUACGAGAAGAUCGAGGAGAAGUUGCGGGACACUCACCACCUGGUGCCUCUGACCUUCGGGCCCAAGGACUGUCCUGCUGUGUUGCUGCAUUUCACUCAUUGA